AUGGGUGAUCUCCCAAAAUCCCGAGUGACACCUUCUCGUCCAUUUCUCAACACGGGGCUGGACUACGGUGGUCCUUUCAACAUCAAGGUUCAUAACCUCCGUUCAAUACGUUUGACAAAAGCGUACAUUUGUAUCUUCGUCUGCCUUGUAACAAAGGCUGUUCACAUUGAAGUAGCUACUGACCUAUCAACUGAUGCCUUCAUUGCUGCACUAACUCGUUUUGUGUCAAGACGUGGCCUCUGCAAGAACAUAUAUUCGGACUGCGGGACAAACUUCGUUGGUGCUAAUAACGCCUUUCAAGCUCUCUUCAAGUCAGCUGAACGAACAUCUUUUCUUGAAUUUUCCUCAAACCAAGACAUUACCUUCCAUUUCAACCCCCCAGCUGCUCCUCACCAAGGUGGUCUCUGGGAAGGAGCCGUUAAGAGUGCCAAGCAUCACCUCCGCCGUGUCAUCGGCGAACAUGUCCUAACCCUCUCAGAGUUCAUGACCCUGACUACUCAAGUGGAGGCGAUACUUAAUUAG